AAGGCUGAGCCGCUGUGGAAGACUUGGGACCAUUUGUCGUUGAAGCAUGGAGAGCACGCGACAGUCUAUCACACCAACGGCGACAAAUACCGCGGACAGUAUGAGGGGAACAUGAAAUGCGGUCAAGGGACCCUCCUGUUCAAGAAUGGCGACAAGUAUGAAGGCGAGUUCAGAGAAGACAUGCAGUCUGGCUUCGGGACGCACUGGACAAACGUGCAAGGAAAGCUUAUCCUGCAGUAUCGUGGAAGCUUUUGGCAGGGGAGGCGGCAUGGGCAUGGCAUCUUUGCAUACAAGGAUGGGGGAAAGUACGACGGAGAAUGGCAAAACGGCAAAAGACAUGGCGAGGGAAGAAUGAACUACACCGACGGGACUGUACUGCUCUUCUCUUGUCUGGUCUCGGCAUCUGACUUCGCUCUCAAGGUUUACGAGGGAAUGUGGGAGAAUGGAAAGCGGCAUGGAGCUGGAACGCUGUUCCUGGCAAACGGUGACGUGUAUCAGGGCGACUACGCCCUGGACCUGAAAGAUGGCCCUGGCACUUUCUUCUACGUCUCCAAGAAGAAGCGGUACGACGGCGUGUGGAGCAAGGACGUGGCAAAGUGCGGGCUCUACGGCAGCAUC